AUAAAUCAUAUCUAAUAGUAAGAUUUGAGAUUAAAAAAGAUUAUAACAAACUUAUUGAAUAUUUAGCUGCCUAUAAAAGAUUAAGUUGGGGUUUGAGUUUUACAAUUGCACACGGUUGUUUCCAAACACAAGAAAAACAAAGUACCCACCAAACCAAUUCACCAUGGCUUACAGCAACAACAAUGUUUGUGAUCAUUUAUCACUAGGUUUGUGCCCUUGUACAACAACAACAACUAUUGAGACAAAAUUCUUGAAUUCUUCCAACAAAAAGAGGAAACUUAAGCAACAAGCAACUGAUGAUAGAGCAACAAAGAAGAAAACAAAGAAGAAGAAGAGAUGCAAUGAUGAUAUAGGGAGAAAUUGGGGUUACUCAACUAAGUUGAUGCUAUAUGAUGAUCCUUGGAAGGUUAAAAAAGUGUUGGAAAAGAGUGAUGUUGACCAUUCGAGUAGACUAUUGCUCGAUAAAAAUUUGGUUGAGGAUUUGAUGUUGCCUGUGCUGAGUGUUAAUGCUGCGAAAGAAAUUCAAAUGAAAAUAUGGGAUAUUGACACUAAAUCUAUGCACUCUCUCAAACUCAAGAGAUGGGGUUCAGGAAGCUAUGUUUUAAUUGACGGAUGGGUCAGAGAUUUUGUAGCUAGGAGGGGCUUACAGAAAGGGGAUGAGAUUGGUCUUCAUUGGGAUCGAUACAACCGACAUUUUAAUUUCACUGUUUUUCAAAUCUUCAAGCCAAUCAAGAUAGACAAAUAG